ACUUUGUCGCCCUCCCCGUAGUGUCAGCCUGGAUCAGCGCGUGCGCCCAAUUCGGCUCCGCCCAGCACCGAGCGAGGGGCGACGCCAGGAGGUAGAACGGAGAAGGUGCAGGAGGCGGACUGGAUCUAGGCCCAAGAGAAACCGGGAGAAACCGGGGCUCUGAGCCGCGGGGGGCAGAGGCAAUGGCGGAGGAGCAGAAGCAUUGUAGCCCGGAAUCACAUCCCUGCUCCGACGGAGCAGCGGCCACUGCACAGCCUACGGUGUCUUCAUCCAAGACCGCCGAGGUCUCCCGAGAAUCAGCGGAGCCCGAAGACUACAAUAGCAAGUGCGUCUUCUGCCGGAUUGCAGCGCGGCAGGAGCCGGGCACCGAACUCCUGUAUUGUGAGAAUGAAGACCUAGUUUGCUUCAAAGAUAUCAAACCAGCAGCACCUCAUCAUUACCUUGUAGUGCCAAAAAAGCAUAUUGGAAACUGCAGAGAUCUAAAGAAGGAGCAAAUUGAACUCGUUGAGAACAUGGUUACUGCUGGAAAAACCAUUCUUGAAAAGAAUAAUUUCACUGACUUCAAAAACGCGAGGAUGGGUUUCCACGUGCCACCAUUCUGUUCCAUUUCUCACUUGCACCUUCACGUUCUGGCGCCAGUUGAUCAAUUUGGCUUCUUUUCAAAAUGGGUUUAUAGAGCGAAUUCCUACUGGUUCAUCACAGCUGAUUAUUUGAUGGAAAAACUAAGAACAUGAAAAUGACAACAGUGGAAGAUUUUCUUAAUCUUGACUCAACAUAAACUAAUAUUUCAGUACCUUUUAAUUCAAAUGACAAUGGUAAGGUUUGUUGGGUUUUAUAAGAGGCUAUUGCUGGGUAGCCUUAGAUCUUUUCUGAAUGUCUUUUUCCUGAGAUCCGCGGUAUAGUUAUAUGAAUACUUUGUCAUUGCCUUCUUUCAUGGUUACUGGUCUAAGAUUUAAGAUAGUAAAGAUAAAACCCCAUUAAAACAAAUUUUGUUAAUCAGGAAGGACUCUAUUAAAAUUUUUUUCAAAUAUUUUCAUUUCUCACUAUAGUCAAUUAUAUGAUAUAUUAUGAAGAAUAAACUGGUAUAGAAAGUACUUUGUUGGAGUCUUUAUUACUAUGAAAGAGAAAAAGAAAUUGACUAUCUCUUGACAGUUCCAUAAUUUUGCACAUAAAAUUUCAAAAUAAAGAGCACUAUAUUACACGGUGAUCUCUGAUCUUGGUGGAAAAAAUUUGUAUGUCACGUUUUACUCAGAUUUCAGUUUUCACUUUUUGAAGCCUAGCAUCUGUGUAAUAAAUUAGUCCUGAAAGCUAUAUAAUAUAUGUAAUAACGCCUAACAGUGACUUUGCAAUACCAAUCAAUUUGUCUGUCUAAGGAAAUUCACUAUAACUGAAUUUUACCUGUAAGAACAUGUGGGUAAGAAACAUAAAAUGUUAAUAAAAUAUUAAUUUAUUAAAACUGGCAGAAAUUGUUGCUUUAUUGCUUGUUUACUAUACCAAAGGAAAAUUAGAAUUAAAAAAUAAUUAGAGCUAGCUUUUAUCAUGGAAACAGCCUGGUUUGAAAGUAGAGAUAGAAAGCCUUGGAUGAGAAAAUUUAUUUUAAUAGCAGUGUUAAUUUUAUUGGCAUAUCCUUUUGUGGGACCUGUUUCUUUAGGAAUUGUCUUGUUGCUAAGGUAGACUAAUGAUAUCACUGUAGGAUAAAGAGCUGGCACUGAGAGCUAAUCCUGCAUUGUGCCGAGUCUAGUAAGUACUGUGACUGAGCAUGAGGAUUGAAAUGUUGGUGUUUGAAAUGGGCUAAGAUGACUCGUUUUCUUUCUUAUUUUUCCAUGAUAUUAAACAUAGUUUUAAGUAAUGAAAUACUAAUUAUAAUGUUUAGUUACAGCAUCUGGAAUCACUGAUGUUCGAUUCAUUCUUUCAUUUAUUCAUUCAGCAAAUAUUUGCUGAGCAACUACCAUGUACCAGACGUUGCCAGGAUUGGGAAAUACAGAAGUGAGAAAGGACUGCCUUUAGUUGCUCACACAAGGGUCAGACAAAACCAAUGAUUCUAGUUGAGUGUGUUAAGUGCUAUAGUGUCUGCAGAGGAGGCUGUGGGGAGGGAAACGCUUUUGUGAGCAGUUGGUAGUAGAAUUGAUUAUUUAAGACUCAAUGUUAGCAGGUAGGCAAUGGAACUUUAGAUUGAGAGACCUAGAUAUACUUUCCUUGUGUUCUUCCUCCAGUUUUAUUUACUUUACAAUUGGUACGAAUGCCCAAAUUCCAUUUUAUUCACUACAGGUGGAGAGAGGGAUUUGGGAGUAGUGGUAUGAACUCUCAGAAUUAGAUUUACAAGUUAAAUCUUAACCGCUUCGUUAAGUAGCUUGCUGAGCACCUAUGUAGCAAGUACAAGUUUUUAUAAGUCAGUUCAAAUGUGACCAGAUACAGAAAAGGAAUGUUCAACAUGUGCACCAUGUUGUACUAUGUGAAUUUGCAAUGAUAUAAUUGACAAUAUUAUGAUAAUAACAUUCAGUACUUAAGGAAUUUUCAAUGCCUUAUGAAUUUUUUUAAAAAGUGAUUAGCCAAUUGUUUUAAUUUAUAUAGGUUUAUACUCUCUCACAGUAAGUUUUCCUUCUUUGUUGGAAAACCCUUGGAACUUUAUAUAUUUAGUGGCAGUUUUACCUAUAAAGAUUAAUAAUCAAAUUACUGCAAUUAAAAUUCACUUAGCCUUUGCAGUAGUUUAUGAAUUUGGUAGCUAUAGCUAUCUAUAACAUUAGCUCAACAUAAAGCUAAUUUAAAACCUAUUUUAAACCCUGGCCAGGUGGCUCAGUUGGUUGGAGCAUUGUCCCAUGCACCAAAAGGUUGCGGGUUCAAUUCCCAGUCAGGGUACAUGCCUGCAUUGCAGGUUUGACCCCUAGUCAGGGUGGGUAUGGGAGACAACCAAAGGAUGUUUCUCUCUCUCUCUCCCCCACUUCCUCUCUCUCUAACAUCAAUAGACAUAUUCUCCAGUGAGGAUUUCAAAAACAAAUAAACAAACCUGUCUUAAAAAUGUUUAUAGUAGUAUCAAAAGUGUUACUUAUGCAUGUUGUCCUACUUUUUGUUUGUAAUUGGAGAAUUGUAAAUUAUUAUUAUCUAUUUCAAACUGUACUUAGCUGAAGGAAAGCAAAAUAAAUGUGGCAAAAAUACUGUGUCA